GGAGGGUGGUGGCGGGGAUGAUGGUUGUGGCGGGGAGGGGGUUGGCAACAAGGGGUGGCUGUGUGGUAACGCAAAGCUAUCAAAGCAGAUUCCUGCUACUGAGGAGCAGAAGUGGCUCAUUGAGCCCACGGGGAAAGACAACUGGAUAUAUUCUAAAGGGGUCCGUAUUCCCAACGGACUCAUCACCGUCUUGCUGAAGUUACACUGGUCGGGGUUGUACUGUCCGGAUCCAGUCAGGCACCCGGACCGUCGGGUUUUGGCCACGAGCUGGGACCACUAGGAAGCGGCCCUCCACGCGGACCAUGAGACCCAUGCCAAGGCCGUGAUCACUACUUUCUGGAAAUUAUAUCGAGUUCUUCCGGAGCACAAGGCCAAAGCUGACCAGAUCGUGUUGUGCCAAUGCAAGAAGAAGGCCCGCCAGAUGUAGUACGAGGUGCGCUAUGUGGCCAUCUUGACAUACUAUCACGACGCUCUUGGUGUGAAGAUGACCAAGGAAGAAGCGCGGAGGAUGGGCAUUACCUUGGAGAGGCACGAGUACUUGGCGGUGUGUCCAAAUUGGUGUUAUGGAAAAGACGAGUCCUGGGCGGCAUUGGUGGAUCUUUGGUGUGAUAAGGAUGGAGCCUGGGCGGCUACAAGCAUCAAAAACAAGGCUAACCGAGGGAAGGAGGGAGUACAUGCUCAGGGAAACCGAAACCACUUUCUCCACAAGACACUUAAUGAGGAGAAACUGAAGCGGCCGCUCUCACACAUGCAGGCAUGGGAGAUCGCCCAUACGCGGAAGGACUCCAAGCCUGGCGAGCCCAAGUACUACGGCAAGAAGACCGCACAGAGGAAGAAGGCCUACUCCGAUGGGUAUCUGAGGUUACAUCCUGACACACCUGACCCCAUUGCGGCAGAUCUGGACGAGAGGGUGGUGGUGGGCAUGGUGCCCAAGGAGCACGGUCGGGAGGCGGUUCGCGAUGUUGUGAUCACUCCUACUAUCUCCUACACACAGCUCCGUCAGAUCGACCCGAGCCUGAGCCAGCGCAUGAGCACGCCCAUGACCAGUGCACAGUCACAGUCCCUCUUUCAGGAGCGGCAAUCUGCCUACAUGGAGUACACACACCAGGAGACCAUGUGCUACCUCUUGAGCACUGCGUUGGUUUUCCCUUGAAGAGGAAAGGGUGAUGCAGUAAAGUAGCGUAAGUAUUUCCCUCAGUUUUUGAGAACCAAGGUAUC